AAUCUGUAGACGGGUCUCGACCCGAAACGUCACCCAUUCAUUCUCUCCAGAGAUGCUGCCUGUCCCGCUGGGUUACUCCAGCAUUUUGUGUCUAUCUUCGGUUUAAACCAGCAUCUGAGGUUCCUUCCUUGCUAAACAUAAUCUGAGGGCCAUUUCGUUGCGUUGACGACUCGACAUCAGAAUCGCAGUGGAAUUAAGUUUUCACGUGGAGUGGAGGUAAAGGGUUAAUGUUUCUUACUGCCAGUGUUUGCAGCACGGGCUUGGACCGGCUAACUGAUUUUGUGGGAACCGAGCGCAGGAGGUUACGGCAAACAUGGGCGAAGCUGAACCGUAGCGGCAUUCCUGGACCCCGUGGCAAUAGUGGUUUAACAUUGACCCAAACAUUCCGUGCAUUCUAUUACUCCCGGUGCUUAAUCUAUUCGCAUCUUCUUUCUCGGGCAGGCGGUGAUCAAAACUCCAGUUUCUGCCAAUUUAAACGCGCUGUUUAAUAGUUUUGACGGACGCCUUGUGCAGACGGAGAAAGGAAGGGUGCGCUCCCCGGCCUGUGCCAAGAAUUGAUGUAACGUGGAUUGGACUUCAUGGUCAUCCCUUUCAAAGUAGGUGGAUCACUUCAACGCAAAUCCCCGCGAUUAUACAAAUCCGGGGGUUUAAUCAAGGCGCAAAAACAGAUGAAGUUGUUUCUGCGUAGCUCCUGAUUUUCGCCGGGAAUUAACAUUAGGGAUGGAUUAUCGGUGGCACUGUUCGCUCCGGCGGCGUUAUAUACAACACGAGCGGCGUCAAUGGUUCAGAAGUUUAAAAUACUGUAAUAGGUUAAGCACCGUUAAUCGCGAUGUUGAGGAUUAGUCCGGUUGGAGUGGAGGUUGACACCUCUGGCUUUUUUCGUCGCUGGGAGGGUGCUGGUUUAAUGUUGGGGUGGGGGGUGGGAAUGCUAAACUGACGUCAGCUGAAGCCAGACAAGGCUCUUCCCUCAGUCCCUUGAAUCCCCAUCAUUUCAUUGAAAGGCUCCGUGAGCCGAGGACGUGAAAGGAAGCUGCUCUCGGUGACUGCCAGUUGAGAUCAUUCGCUUCUCUUUCCUUCUGACCUCUUUUCCUCUAUAGUCCCCCCCCCCCCCCCCCCCCCUCUCUUCCGUGUCCGGACAAGAGCCCUCAAAGGCUGGCGGAAUCUUGUGUUACUUCCAGGCGAUGAUGGCCAAUGCACCAGCGGCGCUUUUGGAAUUACUGGAACUAGAAUGAAUAGCAGCUGUCUCCAUCUGCGAAGCUUGGCAUGGGAUCUUAAUAUUCUUUGAAACACUUCGGGGGCAAACAAAAAUAAAAUAAGAUGGUCUCUCUCUCUUUGGGUUGCAAAGACACGGCUAUGUGAGAUGCGAACGCUGCCAGUGUUCACCAUGUUGCUGACGCGCUUGUGCCCAAUGCCAGUCAGUACAUUUGGACGAGCUGCUGGCUGCCACGCCUGGAUACUGCUCGCUAUCUUUCACCUGGUCAUGGAUUUUACCUCUUGUGAAUCGAAGCUUCAGGGUCAAGUGUUCAGCCACUCUUCGGGGUCAAUGCACCCGCCACCCCGCCACCGAGCUGUCAGCGAUCCUCUUUGGGAGUACAAAAGUAGCCGGCACGGGAGAGUUACAAAAUCCUGGUGGCACAGAAUGUUUUGGCCGGAGACUCAUCCUGGAAGACAAUUCCCAAACAAGCCGAACAGGAUUCACAAACACAAGGAACUGGCAGGUAGCCCGUGUAUCAACUGCCAGUCCAAACAAUCUCACAGAUUGGACCCUCCAGUCUCAGUGGAGACCAGGGACUCUGUAAAAUUGACCCACUUGAAAAGGGCAAGGAGGCAGAGUGAUAACUUUGCAUUUGACCACUUUGAAAAGCCCAAAUGCACGUCAUACGACAGUGAGGGAACAGCGACUGAGAUGCCUUGUGCCAUUGAAUGGGGCCCCACGAAGGAGGAGCUGACCGAUGUCAACGCGUUUUCAACUCCGGCGAGUCAUUCCACCACCAGCUUGUUGUCCUCCACCAGAACUACAACUGCCAGAACCACACCUGCCGCCACCACAGCCAGCUCCACCACCACCACUAUGCAAACCACCACCGCCUCACUCAGCAGCCACAUCAUAGUGGUGCCACAGCCAGCUCUGCUCAGCACAACGGACCCAAGCCUUAGGUGGGACCCGCCCAACACAGUCCGCCCCUCCCGCAUCGGAGAGACAGGAGGUUUGGCUGUACAUCAGAUCAUUACUAUCACAGUCUCUCUCAUCAUGAUCGUUGCUGCUUUGAUAACAACGUUGGUUUUAAAAAACUGGUGGGAGAACAGCUGUGCACAGAGUGGGAAUGGCCGGCGGAACAGCCAUCAACGGAAGAUCAACCAACAAGAAGAAAGUUGCCAAAAUCUCACCGAUUUCACCGCUGCCCGAGUGCCGAGCAAUCUGGACAUAUUCACUGCGUACAACGAGACCCUGCAGUGCUCUCACGAGUGCGUCCGGGCAUCAAUGCCAGUCUACACGGACCAGGGGCUGCACCAGACCACAGUCUACAAAACCACAUUCAAUGGAAACCGAACGCCCCCAUCUGAACGGCAGCUAAUCCCAGUGCCCUUCGUCUCGGAGAAAUGGUUUGAAAUCUCCUGCUGACUGACCGAAGGCUCUUACUCCUGGGCCGGGGUGACGUCACCUUUCUAAUUCUUGGUAAGUAUGACUCUCCAGUUUAGACCAUCUGCUCCUUUCACAGUUAUCUGUUAACAUUGUCCAAGGCAAGGCAAGACCAGAUAUCAAAGAACAAAUAUCCAGUUCAAUGGGUUCAAUUACAUUCCGUGUUAUCCUGACAACAUUGUUGAUAUUGCCAUAAACAUCUUCCAUCAAUGAUUGGCAAAGCAGUUUUCAUUGUCCUCAAUAACAGUGCCAUUCCAUGAUGGGCACCAAUUCCAUUUCUUAAUUUCUUAAUUAAAAUGGCAUCCUACUUAUAUUGGUUGGGAUUUCCACAAUUUCCAAAAUAUAUAAGGUUCGGGCUCUUUUAUGUUCAGUUAACGUAUAUUGCAUCAAGAUUAAAAUAGUUCCAACUUUCACUGGCUACUUGAGGAUCUAUUGUACAGUCUUUGCACAUCCCCAAUCCGUUCCACUUGUCACUUGAAUUUCAUGUUUCAUGUACCUUGUGUUCUGUGACUGUUGGCAGACCAAUUUCCCUCCUGGGAUAAAUAAAGUUCUGUUGUAUCGCAUCGUAUCCUAUCGUAUCAUAUCGUCCAGCAAACUUAGAUCUUAUUUAAAAUCUCACUAAAAAAGUAAAAUGUUGAAUCAUAAUAAAUGGCCCUUGAGGGGCAUCCCGUUCCAUUCAACACUGCUGCGGCAACUAUAGUACCUCACGCCAUCUGCUGAUGCAGGCUUUCUUUUUAAUUACACUCAUGAGAAAGACCUUGCAGACACACUGCCUUGAAAAACCUGUGUGAAUUGUGAUCCUUAAUUCUUGCAAAGGAGCAAAGGACUUGCCUGACCAUCAGUGCGACAUAGUCUCAGAGGGAAGGUAUGUAACGAGGCAACAAAGCCUGCCUGUCCUAUGUUUAAAGUCAAAUAUAAAAUUAGAACUCAUCACAGCAAAGGUUAGACCGAAGUAUUGCCAUAUUUAAAGGGUGACCCAAAAAAAUAUGCAUCAUUUUCAGGAGAGCGUUGUUCAAAAGAUCAAUUCAUAUUUGUCAGAAUUAAAAAUGUUGGAGGCCAGGGAAUAGCCUUUGAACAUUGAUUUGACAGAAUCUGGCAAUUUGACCCUAAUCUCAUGAAAACGUGGUCUCGGGAGAGGUGACCUGGUCUGCGUUUAUAUUUAAUAAUUGUGAUACUUUAAUUAAUUUAUCGCCAAGUCUUUUCAACUCCCCGGUAGAAUGAUCGGUUCGCUACAUUGUUAAUCUUGGUUGGACUGAAGGAAUUGUGAAGUGAACCUGAGCAAACGUCCAAUAAAGAAAAAAACGAUCUUUUAAAUCGUCCGAGUCGCACUUGCUGAUGUUAAAUAAUUCUCGAGUUGUAGCAUCCUUCCAAAGUGUGGCAGAAUUUCAGCUGGUUUAGUAAAAGUACUUCCAAUGGCGAUGUUAAAGGUGAAUAAAUGCUUAACUAUGAAUUGUAGUGAUUUUCUAAAAGUGUUUGCAUUUGUUUCUGAAUGAAUUCAUAAACUUAGGAGCAUUCAACAGAUAAAAAAAAACAAUUGUAUUCCUUUCUUUGUAGAUAAUACAAACUUAAACUUAAUGAAAAAUUAGGAAGGGAUUGGAAUUAGUAGGAAUUUGCCUUUGCUUUACCAUUCGGUCCUGUAUCCAUUCCAUCUUGUUUACUUCAUUGAUUUAUGUUUUAAAAAAAUGACAUAAGGAACAUCUAUGUAGGCUAAACAUGAAGCAAUGUUUCACAACCAUACAUGGUCUUUUCAUUGAUCUGUAUAUUCAUUUAUUUUCUGCAUGGAUUUUCAUGAGCCUUACCAUUUCAUAACACCCAAACAGAAUCUACUCCUUAGCCUCGUCACACAGCCAACAUUGAAAAAUGUUGCCAUGGUGUUUCACAAGAGGUUAAGGAGAAAGCAAACCUCAUGCCAAAAAAAAGGAUGACAAAAAUCUUAUUCACAAAGGUGAGUUUAAAAAACGGCAUGGGAAAGCAGAAGGUAUUGAAGAGAAUUAUAUCAAAGCGUAGGAUUGAGAGUCAAAGAUGCUUAUCACAAUGGGAAGGUGAAUCAUAGGAGCUUAAAGGCAAAUACACUUGCAAGGCUGAUGGAUAUCUCUGAGAAUAAGAAUGAAAACUUGAAAAACCAGAGGGUUUAAGGAUUUUAAUAACUCUACAGAAAUUUUAAAGUCAAUGUAUUACAGUGAAACGGGUUGAUGGGGCAGUGAUGCUUGAUUUUGGACUGAAAUACGGCUGCAUAAAGUUUAGGGAGCACUGGAAUUUUAGUUUUGGUUUUAGAGAUAUAGAGAUAGAGAAACAGGCCCUUCGGCCCACUGAGUCCGCACCGACCAGCGAUCCCCGCACAUUAACACUAUCCUACACACACAAGGGAGAAUUUACACUUAUACCAAGCCAAUUAACCUACAAAUCUGUAUGGCUUUGGAAUGUGGGAGGAAACCGAAGAUCUCAGAGAAAACCCAUGCGGACACGGGGAGAAGGUACAAACUCUGUACAGACAACAUCCUGCGUCGGGAUCGAACCCGGGUCUCCGGCGCUGCAGGCGUUGUAAGGCAGCAACUCUACAGCUGCGCCACUGUUUAAUCAAUGACGGUAGAUCUGGACAGCAUUGGACAUAACAGGGAAGGGGGGUGGUGGUUGGUGAACAAAGAAGAGUGAUUCGUUAUGUCUUAGAGUCUUCAUUCUGUCCAAUCCCUUCACACAUUCCCCUCUGAGGAAUUAUGGACUACUGCUGCUCAUGAAGAUUUUCACACAGGAUCCAUCAUUUUCCUUUUUUUGGCAUAUUAAAAAUAAUUUGUGAACAUAAAAUGAGCAGAAGCCCCAUUAGUGUAGAGUUAUUGUCAUUUUUUUAACCAAAUUAUGAACCUAAGUCCACAAUACACACACGGUACAGCAAAAUAAUACAAAGUUCAAGUGGCGCGAAAAUCAAAACAUCUUCAUUGUCAAGAGUCCAAAUUAAUCACCUUCACUGAAGCUAAGACUGCUUCUACGCAAUCUCAUCUCUCUUUUCUCCCAGGGACCGAGAAUCAUCUCAUGUCUGUUAAUCUAUCUUCAUCCUAUAACUCUUUUUGUGAAUUUUCACCUUUCAAUUAGAUGUCUGAAUGUAAAAGUAAUCUCAAGUCCCUGAUGAAGGGGGAUUUCCUCAUAAACUAUACCAGGGCCUUCCACAUACAGGCAUUUGGAUGCCGUGAAUGUGUGGAGUGAUGUGGAUCUGCAGCUCCACAUUUUUCUUCAUGUGUGUUAGAGUAUUGGUUUAUUAUUGCCAUGUGUGCCAAUAUACAGUGGACACACUAUGCAUGUUACCCAGGCAAAUCAUACCAUGCAUGAGUGCAAUGACACCAUCUAUGAGUACAACGGGAAGUGUAUAAAGAGUAAGGAAAUGGAAUGUAGAAUAUAGUAUUAUCGCUGCAGAGAAAGUGCAAAUUAAAAAAAAAAAAUGCAAGUGCCAUAACGAGGUAGAUUGGAAGAUCAGGAGCGUGAAGGGUUUGUAAGUGUAUCUUCUAUUUCACAGUUUUCAUAGAGUUUUCGGAGACAUUGCAGUUUCAUGUAAAGAAUAAUAUAUGCCCGGGUAUAUGUUAUGGUGUUGAAUUUGUGAGGUUUUCUAAAUGAGGAUUAUCAGUUGAGCUUGGAUUCGCAAAAUUUGCUCUCUAAUUACUGACUCUAAAAUGAUCUAGAGGAAAAUCAGAUUUUUCCACUUAAGUUCAUGUCUCGGUUAUUUUUAAAAGUAAUUAGGCUAAGUGCGACCCAUUGGGCCCGCUCCCCCAAUGCAAUAUUCCACCAUGCUGCGCAUGCACGGCAGCCGCGUUCAGAGUUGUGCCGUUGUCGGCUGAAAUUAAGUUAAAGUUAAUAAAGUGAAUAGAGGACCCGUGGAGGCGUUUGUAAAGUAGAAGGAAAUUUACCCAUGAAGCCGUCGGA